AUGUCGGAUAUCGAGCAAGAAGAUACAGGGGUGCAAACUCCUCUGUACCGCGAAUCGCGUGAAGUCCGCGUCAAAAAGAGUCAACGGUUAUCGCUGUUAAAUCGCUUGAAGGCUCUCGAAAUACCGUCGGUUCAACUUAGCGCGUUAUCAGCACCACACAUAGAGGCCAAACUAGCGCUAAUCGAGCGCUACUACAAUUCAUUUGAGGAACUCCAAACGCAGCUGGAGAUUUUAGAUGACACCGAGCUGGAUGAAGAACAUCGCCUGACCAUGGAUGAGAGCUAUUGUAGGGUUAAGGCACUGUACAGUGAAAGGCUAUCGUUUUUACGAACCAACUCAUCCGGAAUGCAGCUGAGUAGCACCCACAUCACACAACAACACAACACAUCUUCAUCGCGACAGAGAAUAAAUUUGCCGAAGUUAAAACUAUCGACGUUCAAUGGCUGCUACCGCGAGUGGCUGGAUUUUUACAAUAUCUUUUUGGUCCUCGUCGACAAAAAUCCAGACCUCUCGGAUAUUGAAAAAUUUCAAUAUCUGCGCUCAAGCCUUUCAGAGUGUGCAGCUACCCUCAUACAAUCAUUAGAGGUGACCAACGCAAAUUAUAAGAAGGCGCUGCAGCUACUUGAAUCCCGUUUCGACCAUAAGCGGUACAUAUUCCAGUCGCAUCUUCAGCACAUCUUCGACAGACAACGCAUCACCACACCCACCGUUGCUAAUCUUCGUAGCUUCGUCGACGUCAUAAAUGCAAACAUGCGUGCCAUGCAAUCGAUGGCAACAUCCACACAAAUUGGUAACGGGCUACUGCUUCACUUGGUCGUUUCAAAGCUAGACCAUGAAACGCAAGUGAAAUGGGAAGAAGAAGUGGCUGCGAAGUGGGACCGACCAUCACACCAGGUAUCCCUCAUGCUGCCAGCAUGGGAAGAUCUUGCAGCGUUCCUCGAACGUCGUUGCCAACUCAUCGAUAUCAUCGAUCACAGCGCUACUUCAACCAAAUCGUCGCAUCGGUCACCAGAACCAACAUCAUCGUCGCAAUCAAAGUCUCGUCAAUCACCAAAGCAAGUAUCGUUCAUCACCACCAAUAAACCAAAAUGCAAUUUGUGUGAAGGCUCUAUCAGUCAUAAUGCCUUCAACUGUUCCGUCUUCAUGAAGCUGACACCAGUACAACGCUACGACGUAGCAAAGAAGAAGAGUCUGUGCUUAAACUGUUUGGGUCCGAAUCAUUCGUCGAAACUGUCCGUCCACGCAUAG